AUGAUACUGCUACUAACGCUACUUUCGACUCUUGUUGUUGCUAUUGUAAGUUAUUAUCGAUGGCAUCUGGGCUACUGGAAGCGCCGAGGAAUUCCCGGCCCUCCAGGAACAAUUUUUAUUGGAAAUAUGCACUCCUUGACUGAUAGAAUGAGACCUCUUGGCCUAGUACUGAGAGACUGGACGAAGGAGUAUGGAAAAGUUUACGGUAUCCAGGAAGGACUACGGAAUACGCUAGUUAUCAGUGAUGUCAAUAUGAUUCGAGAGCUGUUCAUGCAGAAGUUCGAGUACUUUUACGGUCGCAAGAACAGUGCUCUCGUCGGUGAUGUCGAAAAUGAUCCUCGGGUAUCUAUUUUUGAAGCUCAAGGAGCUAGAUGGAAGCGACUGCGUGCCAUUUCUAGCACGGCCUUCUCAGCUGCAUCACUGAAAAAGGUUCGCCCAACAGUGGAGGAUUCAGUACUCAACCUCAUAAAGCUACUAGACGAGCAUGCAGAACAAGAAGCUUUCGAUAUCCACCAAUUCUACAAAGAAUUUACGAUUGAUGUGAUUUAUCGGAUCGCAUUGGGACAGCAAGGCUCACAAAUGUUCAAGGAUGACAAAAUGGCACGUGUCGAUGCAAUUUUCCAACGAAGUGGUCGGCAACCAGUUUUCUAUUUAGCUAGCAUAUGGCCAAGCAUUGGACCAAUCUUACGGAAAAUCUACUCCGCAUCUGCAAAGCUAAGGCAAAGCCCGAUACCUCUUCUUUUUGCUCCAAUCUACAAAGCUGUUAAUGAGAGGAUCCAACUUAGAGAAAGUCAAAGUGAUACCAGCGAGAGCAAAGAAAUUACCGAUUACAUUGAUUUAUUCCUGGAUGCAAGAGCCGAGCAGAAUUUCGACAAUCGAUCUGAUUUUUCCAAGAAUCUUCAUGUCGAGAAACAGCUAACAAGAGAAGAAAUCGUAGCUCAGUGCUUCACAUUUCUUGUAGCUGGAUUUGACACUACAGCCAAUUCCCUCGCAUAUGCUACUUAUUUACUAUCUAAACAUCCUGAGGCUCAAAAGCAUUUGCAGGAAGAAAUCGACCAGUAUUGCAAUGACACAAUCAGCUACGAAUCGCUUGCUGCGAUGAAAUAUCUGGAUUGCGUGAUGAAAGAAGGACUCCGAAUGUAUCCACUUGCUAAUUUUGCAAAUUCGCGUUGCUGUAUGAAAUCGACUACACUCGGAGAUGUGAAGAUUGAAAAGGGCACAUAUGUGAUAGCUGAUACAUUCACGCUUCACUAUGAUCCCGAAAUUUGGGGCGAUGAUGCCAACGAAUUUCGCCCAGAAAGAUGGAUGGAUUCGAAUAGACCAGUAGCCGCAUGGAUUUCAUUUGGAUUGGGUCCUCGGCAGUGCAUAGGAAUGAGACUAGCUUACAUGGAAGAAAAGCUUGUUCUUGCUCACUUGCUCAAGCGAUAUGAUAUAUUGCCAGCUGAGGAUAAGCUCACCUUGAUGGGAUCGGUUACCAUAUCGCCGAAAUCUGUCAAGGUCUACCUCAAACGAAGAGAGCAAAACUCGUAAAGCCGAAGUGCAAGAAGAAUUCAUGCCUUCC